AUGUCUAUUUCAUAUAAUACUCAAGGUGGUAACGAUUUUGUUACUGUACCAACCACAUCAACUUUUAAUGAGCGUGCCUCCAUACCUCAUGAAACUGUAUUUUAUUACAGGCCAAACAACGAUUUUCAAAUUUACCUCGUCUGUUGUAAAGAAAUAACCUUAAAUGAACUUAUAUCUCAAUUAUUAAUUAAUUAUUUAUACUCGCCUUAUAAUAAUGAUCUUUAUUCUAAUGAACUUUUCGUAUUUUAUUUUCAACAUCCUAAUGGACAAAGAAUUUAUCAUGUGACCUGUGAAAUGAUUUCUCAUUCGAAUAUAGUGCAGUAUUUAAACUCAAACAUUUAUGGCAUUGAAUUAAAGCAAAGUGAACAACAACCACCUUUGGAAUUUUCUAACAACCAUAAACAAAACCUUGAGUUUCACUUAAAACAAUUCCUUACUGAUUACUUGGUAUCCCAUGAAAAUUUAAAUGAUGUUUUUAAUUGA